AACGUGAGAAGAUGCGCUGCCAGCUGCAUAGAGAGAGCGUUCUGGGCGCUGGGCCCCGCGGCCCCCGUCCUGUGCCCGGUCAGUUUGUGCCGACAUGUGACACCCAGGGCGAGUACGACCCCAUGCAGUGUCACGCCAGCAUUGGACAGUGCUGGUGCGUGGACCGCGAUGGGCUGGAGAUCUCUGGGACACGAACGGGACCUGGACGCUUUCCUGAGUGUCCUGGUCAUGAUGUGCCCGGCCCGAUUAGACCGACACCCGAUCCUAACAUCAGUCCUUUGCCUCCUGGCAGUCACAUCCUCUUUGCCCAGAGCGGGAAGAUUGAGUAUAUUCCUCUGGAAGGUCACAACCUGAAGAAGAACAAAGCCAAGACCGCACUGCACCUCCCGGCCUGUUUCUCCCUCAGCUACAUCUACUGGGCUGACUGGAACAGGGACGCCCCCAAAAUUGAGAUGGCUUACAUGGACGGCACAAAUCGGAGAGUCCUGGCCAAGGAUGACUUGGGCCUCCCCAACGGUUUAACUUACGACCCUCAGACGUCUCUGCUGUGCUGGGCGGAUGCUGGUACACAUAAAGUGGAGUGCAUGAAUCCGCAGCAGGGCAGUCGGAGGCAGCUUAUGGAGGGAAUUCAGUAUCCCUUCGGACUGACUACUGAUGGAAAGAACCUCUACUAUACGGACUGGACGAGGGGUGCUGUAGUUGUGGUCGAUCGAUAUGCGAGGCGAGAGGUGGACGAGUUCCAGCCCCAGAAACGAACACGUCUGUACGGGAUCACCACAGCACACGCUCACUGCCCGUCUGGUCAGAACUACUGCUCGAGCAAUAAUGGCGGCUGCACUCACUUAUGUCUUGCGACAGCUGCUGGGCGCUCGUGCAGGUGUCCGGAUAACGCUGUGGGACUGGGCUGUGUGGAGCGAGAAGGCUGGAACUGAAGAUUCAAAGAGACGUGAGCAAACCUCCGGUGAUGAAGGACAUGGCAGUUCCGUCUGAAUGCUUCUGUUACAACGUGUCUUGCCUGAAAGAUGCAAUAAAGCCACACUCAGUAUUAAAGAUUUUUAAAUGCAUCCGUGCCUUAAAUAUGAUCAUGGUGCUUUAAAGAUCAAUUAAAUGUUAACGAGGUCAUGUGAAUAUAGUUUCAUGUCUUUUCCAACAAUUUUCAGCAAAGCUAACAUCCUUACCCCAAUACUGAGAGUAUCCUUUUUAAAAGAUAAAGAAAUGAUACGAUUGUGAAAUAACCUGACCUUAAUCGAUGUUUACACAUACAUCUUUGCA